GUUGAGGUUUCCGUGAGGGCGUGUUCUGACAGCAAUGUGCACGAGGAGUGCUGACCCCCAAUCAGUCUGAUGUAAAUCACUGCGAUGGCAGAAUGGGAGAGUAGGGGAGUGUGGAGGACACCGGGUACAGCCCUGCCUCCUCUCUGCAUGCGAACACACAGCGGAGUAGACACACGGCAGGCAAGCAGGAAGACAGCACCAUCACAGGUGCAACAAAGGGACGCAUGGUUCAUCUAGAAGGCAUCAAAUUAAUAAAUGAUUCAUUAGAACGAGUUCUGCUUCCAGAAAAAAACCCGCUUUAUUCGCAUUUGUCCUCGUCUAAAAGCAUCGCACAGACAUGGAGCUGGAGCACUUUGAUGAACGGGACAAGGCUCAAAGGUAUACCCGAAGGGGCUCAAGAGGGAAUGGGCUCCCCAGUCCCACUCAUAGCGCUCACUGCAGCCUGUACCGCACCAGGACACUGCAAGCACUGACCUCAGAAAAGAAGGCCAAGAAGAUUCGUUUCUAUCGUAAUGGGGACCGCUACUUCAAAGGGAUUGUUUUUGCCAUUUCUCAGGAGAGAUUUAGGUCUAUAGAAGCACUCCUGGCUGACCUCACACGAUCUCUGUCAGAUAAUGUCAACUUGCCACAAGGGGUGCGGACCAUAUAUACUAUUGAUGGGACAACAAAGAUCACCUGCAUGGACCAGCUGGUGGAAGGGGAGAGCUAUGUGUGUGCAUCCAUAGAGCCCUACAAGCUGAUGGACUACACAAAGAAUGUAAAUCCCAACUGGGCAGUUGGUGCUUUGGCUUCUCUGUCCAUCCGUGACCCUUCUUCCCUCGGUAGUGCGAAGGCUGGAUCCCCGGAAACCAGGGAGAGCAAGGACUUUAUUAAGCCCAAACUGGUAACCAUUGUCCGCAGUGGAGUAAAGCCUCGCAAGGCUGUACGGAUCUUGCUCAACAAGAAGACUGCACACUCCUUUGAGCAAGUCAUGACUGACAUCACAGAAGCCAUCCAGCUGGAAUCUGGAGCCGUCAAAAGGUUAUAUACUGUUGACGGAAAGAUGGUGACCUGCCUUCAGGACUUUUUUGGGGAGGAUGAUAUCUUCUUUGCCUGUGGCCCUGAGAAGUUCCGUUAUCAGGAUGACUUCAACUUGGAUGAAAGUGAGUGCAGGAUAGCAAAGUCUGCAUCAUAUGGCCGACUCCCCUCCGUGCAGGGUCUCUCCUCGCCAAGACUUGGUGGGAUGUCCCGCAGGAGCAAGUCCCCGUCAUCCACUGGUUCAGCUAAUGGCACUGUAAGCAGUCAGCUGUCCACACCUCGGAAGUCUCCGAGCCCGUCUCCAACCAGUCCAGCUAGCCUCCGAAGACGACGGGGAUCUCAACACAGUGGCUCUUCACUCUCUUUAGCGUCUACCAAGGUUUGCAGCUCAAUGGAUGAAGGAGAUGGGCCUGGCAGUGAAGCUGAGCCAGUGGAUGAGUACCGCUCAGUGCCUGCAUCCAUAGCAGAGAGGUACAAAGUGGGGAGGACUUUAGGGGACGGAAACUUUGCUGUGGUCCGAGAGUGUGUGGAGAGGUCCACUGGGAGAGAGUACGCUCUGAAAAUCAUCAGCAAAGAUAAAUGCAGGGGAAAGGAGCACAUGAUCCAGAGUGAAGUGUCAAUCCUUCGGCACGUGAAACAUCCCAACAUCGUACUUUUAAUUGAGGAGAUGGACACCUAUAGUGAGCUCUAUCUUGUAAUGGAGUUGGUUAAGGGGGGCGAUCUCUUUGAUGCAAUCACCUCCUCAAACAAAUACACAGAGCGAGAUGCCAGCUGUAUGCUGUUCAAUCUGGCAAGUGCCAUUAAGUACCUGCACAGCCUCAAUAUUGUCCACAGAGACAUAAAACCAGAAAACCUGUUGGUGUUUGAACACUAUGAUGGCAGUAAGUCUCUGAAGCUAGGUGAUUUUGGCUUGGCUACUGUUGUUAACGGGCCGCUCUAUACUGUGUGUGGCACACCCACCUAUGUAGCACCAGAGAUUGUCGCUGAGACCGGGUAUGGCCUCAAGGUUGACAUUUGGGCAGCUGGUGUCAUCACUUACAUACUGUUGUGUGGCUUUCCUCCUUUCAGUGGCAGUGGUGAAGAUCAAGAGGCUCUCUUUGAACACCUUUUGAGUGCCCAGCUUGAUUUUCCUGCACCAUACUGGGACAGUGUUUCUGACCCUGCCAAGGAUCUGAUCACUGGAAUGCUGCAGGUAGAGGUGGAUCAGAGAUACACGGCUGUACAGGUGCUUGAUCACCGCUGGGUCAAUGAUGAUGGUGUGUCAGAGAACAAGCACCAGCUGCCUGUGGCUGGGAAGAUCAAGAAGCACUUCAAUCCCGGGCCCAAGCUCAACAGCACCACUGCAGGAGUGUCAGUCAUUACAACCACGCCACUUGAUAAGGAGAAGCAAGUUUUCCAACGAAGACGCCACCAGGAUGUGAAAUUUGCACCCCACCUACCACACAGUAUCGGUGCCGGCGCCUCCCGCAUUGCCAACCCCAUCUACUCCGCCGCUCAGUUUACCUCUGAGUCUGAGGAAUAUUCCCCAAGUUCGGCUGACACUGUUCGUUCACCCACUUCUCAAUUCUAACACUCCCACAGCCCACAUCUACUGCUCUGGGAGUGGGAAAGGGUGGAGUGUAAAACGGAAAGACCCAUCAUUGGAUUCAGUCUGCUGACCUGGACAUUCACAGGCUGCAUAACUACAUGCACCUAUUUAAGUGUUCCCAGUCAUAAUACGUUUACUUUAAUUAUAAACUGCAUUGAUCAGAGAAAGAGAAAAGUUGGUCUGUAGAUCAACGAUACACCUUGUAAGAAACAUUUUUUUGUUUUUCCUUAUUUAAUUUCUUCCAAAAAAGUCACAAAGCUGUAAAAGCCUUAUUUAUUCACAACACACUGGUUCAUUGUAGUACCCUAGAGCCCUCUACUGGUUUAUAUAGUAUACUACAGGAAAGACGUAGUACGUAGCUUUUUAAUGGAACAUGUAAAUAAAAAACAUUCAAACCGUAGUUUUUAAAUAUUGAAUUACAUGAUGUGUUAUGAUGGUAAAUUUAACUUAUUGUGGUUUAAACACCAAUGCUUGUUUAAGAAUUACUCUAAAUACAACAGUCACCGUACUGCUGUAUUUUGUGACUUAGAUUUAUCUGUGCUGAGGUGCUUAAGGUUCUGGUGCAUAAACCUCAGGCACACUGUUUAAAAGGACUAAAGAAACUGAAAUGAUAUGCUGCUAUAUUGUACCGUAAGCAUUAUCUGUACUUAAAAUAUUUUUUUGCUCCCAGUACCAUUACCCUUUUGAGGGUGCCAAUAUUUGACUAUUGAUAGUCCAGCUCACCUGGGUGCUUGAGGAGGAUUAUUGAAUCGGUAGAUUUGUUACAUGUCUAGAGUGUUUGUAAUUCAGUGGUGGUACAGAUGAAUGUCAGUGCUGUGUUGUUGGUAGUAAGUGCAUGUUUAAAGCCUGGCCUUGGCUUAUAUGGAUUUAAGUACACUUGGGUGUACUGCCAAUGAGCAUAGUAUCAAAUGUGUCUUUCAAAAUGCUGGAAUGAGUGAUAAUGGAUCUAUUGCUGUUAUUAUUGGCAGCCAACUAAGACACUUAUCUAUCAGAUGGGAGCUAUUGGCUCUUGUACAACUUGGAUUUUUUUUUUACACAAGAAACAAGUUAAAUGUUGUUAAACACAACAGUGCUUCCAGUAAAAUACAUUAUUUCAAUAUUUGUUCAUUAAGUCAGUGCUUUUGUAUUAAUCUGCUCACCAGACUGUUCUCUUCAUACAUUGGUUCACCAGAGACCAAAUUGUUGUGGGUGUGAAUGUCCUGUUUCCUUCAUCAAAGACUGUACCUUGCAUGUGUGGUAAUAUGCAUCCUAAAUCAGUUGUUUGUCUGUUCUAUUGUUUUAUAUACGCCUGCCAUUUCUGUUGUCUUUGUACAUGCCGUCUUGGUGAAUGCAGUUCAGUUGAGGCAGACUACAGUCAUACCACAGCUAAAUUAAAACUUGUAUAUGUAUUUGAAGAAAAAAGUCACACCACUAACUUUGUUGUAAAAGGGUUUUUAAGUUUUUGACUAGAAGGGCUUUAACCAAAAAGCACAAGGACAGAAAGUUGUGAUCGUGACCUUUUGGGAAUGUUAAUGCUUUCAAGACAAAAAAAUAUUUAAUGUUUAUAUACAGUAUGACAAAAUAAUACUCUUAAGACAACUGUGAAUGUCAGUAUUGGGUGGAAGCGUAAAAAUGGGAAUGCUGUAUUAUAGUCAUCCAUAUUCCAUUAAUGUAAGGAUGUUAAACACAAUUUAAAUAAGUAUAAAAAACAUUAAAUCUUUUGAGGAAAAAAAAUUGAUUGUAGUUGAAUAAACAUUUCAACGAUGUAGCUAUCUGCGAUGAAACCAAACCUGGGAAUAAAAAGGAUUUAAUAC